CAGGCGAAGCACUGAAGCGAGGCAGUUUUUACAACAUUCCGAUUGUGAGAAUCUAAAAGUUUAUAUGUGAAAAAAUUGUUUUGAGUUUUCAUUUAUAACUUCUGAAACAGCCAAAAAGGGGAAUUUGCGACGUGAGUAUGUUUCGAUUGUUAAUAUUCCAUAUUUAUUGUGUGUAUAAAUUAAUAUUUCUGCUUCAAAAUAGGCAGAAAUUCUUGGUAAAAAUUUGUUACAUUUUGAUUCGAGAAUGGAAUGUGUUUAUAUUUCGAUAACGUUCGCAUCGUAGUCUUCAAUGUACUCUUACUGUCGAAGUCUAGAUUACUAAAUUUAAGUUAUGUUGUGUUGUGCUAGAAAAAGACCCUGCAAACCUUUUAUUUUUUAACUAAAUAUUUAAAACAAAAUUAAUCAUCUUUUGCCCACAACGCAAUAUAAAAGUCAUUUGUUUAUCUUUUUAUACCAACACUAAUUUUUUCUUAUGAUUGUUAGGGUCCUUAUGGCUGGUUCAACGCGUUGGUUGGAAUAUUUUAUUAGUUUGGAAGGUCUCAUUAAGAUCUUAGAAUUUGUAAGUCUGCUUGUGAUGUUUUACAUGAUGAUAGAUGCUGCCAUUGGUAUUGUAAUGAUAGCUUCUUUGUAUAAAAAUUCAGCUAGCAAAGUACUUUGUUCAGUACCUAAUUUCUGAAAUCAUUUGUUGUAUUUAUACACAUAGAUGGAUCUUACACACACGUGUUCAUCUGAGUAGAUGGCAUACAUAAUUGUGUGGUUCAUUUCGACAGGUGAUCCGCCUGUUACACACACAAACUACCCUACAAACUACGUUUCUUUACCAAAGUUCCUUCAGUUCAGACAGAUCGUCCGCCUCUAGUUUAAAUUGGGCUGUGAUGAAAUUUUAAAAUUUUACAUUUGUAUGUAUUUCUAGAUCGUGUCCAUCCUGGCAUUUGUUUUGAUUCUGAAUUUUGACGAUUGGAGCUUAUUUUCACGAUAUGGUUUCUACAUAAUUGUGUCAGGUCUAUGUUGGUGCUCAUUGCUGAUUAUCUUGAUACUUCAUGCUGUUGGUUUGUGUGCUGGCAAGGUGUAUGGAAACUGGCAGAGAGAAUACUCCUUGUUUGUGUUCAUGCUCAGCUAUUCCCUCUCAUUCAUGUUUCUCUUCUUCUUUGGAUCAGCACUCUUGGCUCAAUGGGCAUAUGAUUUGGCUGAUGGCUUCCUCAUUCUCUGUGUGGUAAGUAAUUUAGUAAUAUACCCAACCUAAAUUACUUUACCCAACCUACAUUACUUGAAAUGAUUUACUCAAGAAGAUUAUAAUCAGAUUUAGUCUGUAGUCGCCCCUGAACAUCAACCAGUCUAAGAAAUUAAUUGGGUCAUUCCAGAAAACAUCCAUACCUCCCCCACAGAGGAAAUUGAAAGUUAACCCGCUUACUCCCUUUGGACAUCCUAAUACACUUUUAUCAAAAACAAAUUUUUCUUCCCUGCAGAUGGCCAAAAUUUCCUCCAUGGGGGAAGUGCAGAUCACAAAAACUAGGAUAUAUAGUCAAGCUGACUGCUGACAUUCUUUUUUCAAACAUAUUCCCUGAAUUGUGUUGCUAAUUAGCACUAUUAUCAACCAAUUACAUUUCAGAUUCUUGGUUUCGUGUUGGUCAUAUUAUUUUUCAUCGACAGUUUCAUCUACUACAAGCGAGUGCGACAGAUCCGCAUUGAGGAAGUCACCUGGAAACCUAAGCGCACUGGCACCUCUUACGCUUAGACAUCAACUUUUUGUUUGCUGUAUAUCUUUAAGUUUACCAGACCACUGUAGUUCAUAUUAAUGUACUGGACAUCCUCUACAUUAAUGUUUAUCGGACUAGUAUAUAUAUAGUUAGAUUUCUCCCUGGAUGUAAUAAAUUUAUUGUAACAAUAUUGUAUACAUGUUUACUUUGCUGGCAACUUGUCUUAAGGAAGUUUAUUACUUAAGAUAGUCUCAAAUCCUACACAUUCAUCAACUCUUAAUCCAUGUACAAAACUUGUACUGUUGUAUAUUUGCAAUACAAUGCAAUACAUAGGACAUUGUUCUAGCCUUAUAUUCUUUAAAAAGUUCUAUUUUCUGUCUACUGUCAUCUAUCAUUUGUUCAUCUGUAUUAGAAAUAAAAUGUGAUUGAACUUAAACUUAAAUUGACUUUAAAGUGUGAUUGUGAAACUUUAUUUACUGUGAUAACCUGGUGUUCAGGAAACUACAAAAUUGAAUCAAAAUGUUUGAUGUGAUUCUUGACAACUACAGUACACAUAGGAUUGAUAAAGGUUGUUAAAGUUGUUAUCUCUAUUGUAGUAAAUACUUUUUGAAUAGUUUGUAAUUUUAAUUGUAUAUUUCUUGCAUAUAGUUGCAGUGUGUAAUGGCUAAUUGAGCUACUUUCAUUUUAAUAAAUAAUCCAAAAAAUAUCUAGUGUGUUUUUAUUGAUAUGAGAAACAAAUUCACUAAAAUCCAUGUUCUUUCAACAAUCUUACAACAGCUUCUUUAUGAUAACCUUUUAUCUUUACUUGACUUGUUACUUCAUUUGUUUGAAAAUGAACGUCCUCUCCUAAAUUUUCUUUUAAAAAUCUCACAAGUUCCUAGAAA